AUGGCCUUCAACAGCACUGAGUCCUGGCUUUUAAUCAAUACUUCAUUUCCCAUCCUGCCUGUAAUAGGCAGUCCAAGUAACAGAAGUGGGAUUGAAGCAUAUCUUCAAAGACUGGCUCAUUUAGACGAGGGGCUCUACAAUGACUUUUACGGUCUUUGGAUUGCACUGAUGGUCAUAAACUCUCUCAUAUUCUUGGUGGGCAUGGUGCUCAACACAGUUGCACUUUAUGUUUUCUGUUUCCGCACCAAGCAAAAGACCACCUCGGUGAUCUAUACUAUCAACUUGGCGGUGACAGACCUCUUGGUGAAUCUCUCUCUGCCGACUCGCAUCUUGCUCUAUUACAGUGGAGGAGCUUGUCUCACCUGCUCCUACCUGCACAUCUUCAGCUACUUUGUCAACAUGUACUGCAGCAUCUUGUUUCUGACCUGCAUAUGUGUCGACCGAUACCUCGCCAUCGUGCAGGUUGAAGCUUCCCGUCGUUGGAGGAACUCCAGUGUGGCCAAAUGUGUGUGUGUCUCUGUCUGGCUGUGUGCCAUCGUGGUCACCUACUCCUUCCUUUCUACUGCUUUCCAGCACCCAGGCUGCUGCCUCUCAAAGCUCCUCUUUCUUACCAUCACCGAGUUCUUUCUACCCCUCAUCAUCAUUAUGGUCUUCACUUUGCGGAUUAUGUGGGCACUCGCCGACCGCCGCCUGAUGCAGCAGAGCAGGGAGAGGAGAAGGAGGGCUGUCCAGCUCCUGACCACGGUGCUGAUCAUCUUCACUGUCUGCUUCACACCCUUCCACAUCAGACAGGUGGUGGUGUACUUCCACCCUGACAUGCCUCAUCAUGUGAUAGCCUACCACUUGACUGUCACUCUCAGCAGUUUGAAUAGUUGUAUGGAUCCUGUCGUCUACUGCUUUGUUACAAAUAAUUUCCAGGCCACCAUGAGAAAUAUUUUUCGCCGUGCAGAGCCUGAGCAGACAAGCGGCGACAUCAUCAGCAUGCAGCACAGCUCCAAGGCCUCAGGGCGGACAGUGAACGCCAUCACUGGUAAUAUGAUUAUGAUGACCAAGAUCCCCACUUCACUGCAGAGAGACAAUCUGGGGAAGAACCACUCAAUGUAA